GGCUUAAAUCCGGCGGUGGGCGGUGCCGUGCACAUCCGAGCACCAUGGAGGGCGAGCCGGGGCAGCCGCGCGGUAGCCCAGGCCGCGCCGAGAGGCUGAGCGAGCGGAUGCUGGACGAGUUCGUGUCGCUGCACGGCCCCGCGCUGCGCGCCUCGGGCGUCCCGGAGCGCCUGUGGGGCCGCCUCCUGCACAAGUUGGAGAACGAGGUUUUUGAUGCUGGGGACGUGUUUGGGAUAAUGCAAGUGGAGGAGGUGGAAGAGGCUGAGGACGAGGCUGCCAGGGAGGCUCAGAGGAAGCAGCCCAACCCUGGGAGUGAGCUGUGCUACAAGGUCAUCGUGACCAGUGAAAACGGAGUCCGGGCUGAUGACCCCAACAGCAUCUUCCUCAUUGACCAUGCCUGGACAUGUCGUGUGGAGCAUGCUCGUAAACAGCUGCAGCAGGUACCUGGACUCUUGCACCGUAUGGCUAACCUGAUGGGCAUCGAGUUCCACGGUGAGGUGCCCAGCCCAGAAGUUGUGGCCCUGGUGCUGGAGGAGAUGUGGAAGUUCAACCAGACCUACCAGCUGGCCCACGGGACAGCCGAAGAGAAAGUGCCCGUGUGGUACAUCAUGGAUGAGUUCGGCUCCAGGAUCCAGCAUGCAGACAUGCCGAGCUUCGCCACUGCUCCGUUCUUCUACAUGCCGCAGCAGGUGGCCUACACACUGCUGUGGCCCCUAAGGGACCUAGACACAGGCGAGGAGGUGACCCGGGACUUUGCCUACGGAGAGGCAGACCCUCUGAUCCGGAAAUGCAUGCUGCUGCCCUGGGCCCCUGCCGACAUGCUGGACCUCAGCUCCUCCACGCCUGAGCCUCCUGCCAAGUACUAUCAGGCCAUCCUGGAGGAAAACAAGGAGAAGCUGCCCCUCGCCAUUAGCCCGGUGGCACGUCCCCAGGGCCACAUCUUCAGGGUCCACUCGGACAUGCAGCAGGUGCUUUGCCACCUCACCCACCCACGUUUCGCCUUUACUGAAAGCGAGGCUGACGCCGACAUCCUCUACCACUUCUCACACUUCAAGGACUACAGGACGCUCAGUCAGGAGCGGCCACAGGUGCUACUAAACCAGUUCCCCUGCGAGAACCUGCUGACCGUAAAGGACUGCCUGGCCUCCAUCGCUCGCCGGGCCGGGGGUCCUGAAGGUCCCCGCUGGCUGCCCCGAACCUUCAACCUGCGCACUGAGCUGCCCCAGUUCAUCAGCUAUUUUCAGCACCGGGAGAGACAGGGUGAAGACAACCACUGGAUCUGUAAGCCCUGGAACCUGGCCCGCAGCCUGGACACGCACGUCACCAACAACCUCCACAGCAUCAUUCGGCACCGAGAAAGCACCCCCAAGGUUGUGUCCAAGUACAUCGAAAGCCCCGUCCUGUUCCUUCGAGAAGACGUGGGGAAUGUCAAGUUCGACAUCCGCUACGUUGUGCUGCUGCGCUCCGUGAAGCCUCUGAGCUUGUUCGUGUAUGACGUGUUCUGGCUACGCUUCUCCAAUAGGCCCUUCGCACUCAAUGACCUAGACGACUAUGAGAAGCAUUUCACCGUCAUGAACUAUGACCCAGACGUGGUGCUGAAGCAGGUGCACUAUGAUGAGUUCAUCCCCCAGUUCGAGAAGCAGUACCCAGAGUUUCCCUGGAGUGGUGUCCAGGCCGAGAUCUUCAAGGCCUUCACAGAGCUGUUCCAGGUGGCAUGUGCCAAGCCGCCCCCCAUGGGCCUCUGCGACUACCCCUCAUCCCGAGCCGUAUAUGCUGUUGACCUCAUGCUCAAGUGGGAUAGCCAUCCAGGUGGAAAGCGGGUGAUGCAGCCCCAGAUCCUGGAGGUGAACUUCAACCCCGACUGUGAGCGCGCCUGCAGAUACCACCCCACGUUCUUCAACGAUGUCUUCAGCACCUUGUUUCUGGAUGAGCCCGCCGGCUGUCACGUCACCCGCAUCAUCUAGGUGCCCAAAGCCCUCCUCCUGCCUCUGCUCACAGCUGGUUCCAGCCCCUGCUCAUGGAGCUGCUUCCGCCGGCCCAGCCUUCUCCCUCCUCCCCUUCCUCCCUCUCCCCUCCUUUCCUCCCCAGCCAGAGCCUUGGCCUCAGUUAGGCUCUGCCCUCUGAGCCAUGUUCCUGCUUCUUAUGUGGGACAUCAGGUCCAUACCACGUGGCAGAGCUGGACAGUGAGUGAUGUCCGCAGGCCUGGGUGCACCCAGAGUUUUCGUACAGAGGAAGAGGUGUUCCGCAGAAACAGGGUUCCACAGGGAAGUGUUUGGGAACCCCGUAUCCAGCGGGGCCAGGGAGUUCUUUCCCAGGAUCUCCGCCCUCCUUUCCCAUGGCUGCUGUAAACAGGGUAUCAGUACCCUGUAUUGUACCCACAGGCCCCAGAACAGCCAGGGGAAAACAUUUGCCAACCUAGCCUUAUGCCUGGGCAUCGCCUUCACCAGAGCCUUCACCAGCAGACUUCCCAGCCAGGCCCGGCUUGGUAUUUCCCUUAUGGGAAGCUGACCUCUGCACGCCGGCAUCUCACCAAGAUCCGCUGGCCUCUUGAGGUGAUCAGGGUGCUCUGGAGUUGUGAGGCUCCAUGGCAGACUCUGGACAAGGGUGACAAUGGAAAUGCCAGGCCUGCUCAGAUGGCUCUGGGGAGAACUUCCUGUGGAAGUCAGCCAGGCUGCCUCUUGCCAAGGCCUAGAGUCCAAGUGUGUGUGUGUGUGUGUGUGUGUGUGUGUGUGUGUGUGUGUGUGUGUGUGUGUGUGUGUGUGUGUGUCUUUUAACCUACAGAAAGAAAAUGUAAAAUCUAGUUCCUCAUUUUGUUACUGGAAUCUGAAGUCAGCCGCCAUUGUUUCUGUACCUGCGGGGUACCUGGGUCCAGCCCACUAGUGAGUGGGUCUGGUUGGAGUGGGUGGGAGCCGCCUCCAGGGUGAUCUGCCACUCAGGAGGGUGGAGCACUGUGGUGGCGGCGGCGGCUGCUGCACUUUUGAAGGGAAAAGUGACCCUCUUAGCAUAACUGGACAUGGUUCUUCCUGCCCGUCUCGGGGUAUGUGGGCCACCUGCUAGCGAGCCUGGUGAUCCGUGCUGGGUGCAGCGUGCUGG